AAUGGAAGAGGAGGGCCUUGCUUUGAUCAACAUGGCGGACAACAAAGCCCAGGGACUGGGGUAACAGCGGCGCUCUCGGUACACAAAACCAUGGACCAGGUUCAGAACUCCCACGAAGGCUAUAACAACAACAGCCCGUACAACCACUACCCGAACUAUCGACCCGGCUACGGGACUAGUGGAUACGGAGGUAUGAUGAGUCCCUCACGCCAGGGGAACAAUCUGAUGGGCCCGGGCAGCGGUAGCUCGGCCGCUGCUAACCACAGCAAAGCGGUUAUGGCUGCUACCAGCUCCCCGGCUGGAGGUGGAAGCGGCGGCGGCGGCAACACCGGAGGAUUUCAGCGGUUUCCUGGACAGGGUCAGCAGCAGCAGCACCCGUCCGGGGCUACACCGACUUUGAACCAGUUAUUGACGUCUCCGAGCCCGAUGAUGCGGGGCUAUGGAGGUGGAUAUCCCGACUAUAAUAAUCCCUCAGCACAGCAGCAGCCGAGCAUGGGGUUGGCUAAAGACAUGGGUUCCCAGUACGGCUCGGCUGCUCACGGCUGGGGAGGACAACAAAGAAAUCACCCGGCCAUGAGCCCGGGGAAUAACGGGCAGGGAAGCGGCAGGUCCCAGGUGCCGGCCAUGGACCCGAUGGCGAUGAAGCGCUCUCAGCUCUACAGUAUGAGCAACAACCCGUACUCCCAGCAGCAGCAGGGGGCGCCGUACCCCGGCCAGCCCUACGGCUCUCCCUCCCCCCACCGAUACCCGAUGGGGAUGCCCAGCAGAGGGCAGAUGGGGAUGGGAGGGAUGCAGUACCCUCAGCAACAGGAAGUGCCGCAGGAGGCGUACGGGGGCCGGGGCCAGUCUGCCGCUAUGACUCCUGGUAAACCAAACCACGAGGAGAUGAGUCUGAGCCAACAGGAGAGACCGUCCAGCCUGCCGGACUUGUCCGGCUCAAUCGAUGAUUUGCCGACCGGCACUGAGGCUGCGGUGAGUUCAGGGGCAUCGGGAUCCGGCAGCACUCAGGGCGACCAGGGGACUCCGGCCCGUUCUCCUUUCUCCCCCCAUGUAUCGCCUCGACACCCCCCGCCAGCUCGCACCGGGCCAUCACCCUCACCCUCACCGUCCCCCGCUGGGUCCAGCAGCCAAUCACGAUCUGGACCACUGUCCCCCGCCACCAGCGGACCAGGCGCUCAGUUGACCCCUCAGGUCUCUGGUCCUGGAUCAGAUGUCGGCCCUCAUUCCUCCCAGUCUGCCAUGACUCAGGACAGAGGUUUCCCUCCUUCCAUGCAGCGUAGUACCGCAGGGCCCCAGUUUGGCCCUCAGCAGUCAGCCCCACCUAUGUCCCCUCACCCAGCACCGGGGGGGCCCAUGCACCAUGGCUCCUACCAGCAGGGCAGCUCAUAUGGCCAGUAUGGACCCCCAGGUAACUACCCCCGGCCCCCCCACUAUGGCGGGGCCCCCAGUGCCAACUACAGUGGCCCCGGCCCUGGCCCCAGCUUAGCCAACAGCCUGGGGUUGAAUGCCAGCAGUCCGAUGCACGGUCAGGGCCCCUCCACCCCAGCAGGUCGUGGCCCGGGGCCCGGUGCAGGGGGGCGACCCUACCCUGCUGGAGGGAACACCAUGGCCCCCACCUCCCCGGGUAUGCCACAGCCUGCCGGUCAGGGCAUGAGGCCUCCGGGGCCCAAUGCCAGUCGCAAACUGCCAGACGUCGGCCCCAGUGCCGGGCCCAGUGCCAACUCCUCCUCCUCGUCCACAGCUGCUGCUCAGAGCAGGCAGGGCAGCUACCCGGGCAUGGCACCAAUGGGAGGAAUGGGCUCCGGAGGUCCUGGAGGUCCUGCAGGUCCCUACACCCAGCAACCAGGCAGUAACUCCGGGAGGAUGACGCCACAGGGACCCUCCUACAACACCCCGCCUUCAGGUCCCAUGAUGAUGCCAGCUGAAGGGAUGGGUGCUCAUCCAGAUACCAAGCAAAGGGUUGAGCUCAGCAAAGAGAGCGUUGGCCCUGCCACUGAACCACCCAAACCCAAGGCCAGCGUGGCCACCAUGACCAACGAGAAGAUCACUCGGCUGUAUGAGAUGGGCUCUGAGCCGGAGAGGCGGCUGUGGGUGGACCGGUACCUGGCCUUCAUGGAGGAGAGGGGGACACCCGUCCCGAACCUGCCCGCUGUUGGGAAGAAGCCGCUUGACCUGUGCAGACUUUACCUGGCUGUCAGAGAGAUAGGAGGCCUGGCCAUGGUGAACAAGAAUAAGAAGUGGAGGGAGUUAUCGUCCCUGUUGAACGUGGGGACGUCCAGCAGCGCGGCCAGCUCUCUGAAGAAGCAGUACAUCCAGUACCUGUUUGCCUAUGAGUGUAAAGUGGAGCGAGGAGAGGAGCCUCCACCUGAGGGCCUGGGGCCUGCCGGAGACUCCAAGAAACCUCCGUCACUCCAGGCCAAGAUCCAGCCGCCCUCCCCAGCCAACUCGGGCUCCCUGCAGGGCCCCAACACCCCUCAGUCCAGCAGUAGCUCCCUGACCGAGGCCCCCGUAGACCUGAAGCCCCCGACACCUGCCUCCACCCCGCACAGCCAGAUGGGCCCCCAGCCUGGAAACAGGAUCAUGGGAGGAGUGAGCAUCCAGGACCCAUUUUCUGAAGGCAGCGAUCCAGCCUUCCACAGCAAGCGAGGCCCGGGACCCGGCGGCGCCCCUUACCACCAAGCAGGAGGUCCAACAGACCCAUCCAUGAGGAUGCAGUACGAUGCCAACAAAGACGCAUACGGAGGACUGCGGAAAGGUCCGGGGCCCGGCGAAGCCUUCGGUCCCGGUCAGAUGCCCAGCGGUGCCAUGCAGGACAUGUACCCACGCGGGCCACCAUCCGGGCCCCUGGCAGGGAUGGGCCCCAGACCCCAGUACCCCUACGGCCCUGGAUAUGAGCGGAGGCCGGACCAUGUGAUGGGGCCUGAGGGAGGCAUGGCGCCCCCCGGAGGUCAGAACAGCAUGGGUCAGACUGGAAACGAGGCUAACAUGUACCCCACCAACAGAUACCCCCACCAGAGACAUGGACAUGACGGCUAUGGGCAGCAGUAUCCUCAUGGCAUGGCCUACGGUUCCCAUCAGCCCCUGUACCCUCAGCAGCAGGGUUACAAGCGUCCAAUGGAGGGGAUGUAUCCUCCCUCUAAGCGUCAUGAGGGGGAGGGGUUCGGUGUGCAGCAGUACAGCUCUCAGCAGCCCGACAUGUUCGGCCCCCCCUUCGGAGGUGGAGGUGGGGGCUACAUGGGCCCUGAGCGGCGGCCGGUCCAGGGCCAGUACCCAUAUCCAUACAGCCGGGACCGCCAGGGGCCUCCGCAGCAUGGAAUGAUGGGCUCAGGACCGCCGUCAGUGUCAGGCGGACCCGGGGAGGGGCCACAGGCCAACAUGUGGCACCCCAGGACAGAUAUGGGCUACACAUACAACAGACAGGGCCAGGGGCCCCCCUACCCCAGCAUAAACCGCGUGGAUGACCAGGAGGGCAGGGCCCCCCAGGACAGCCAGUGGCCCCCCAGUCAUCCAGGCCAGCGCCAGCCGCCAUAUCCCCCCCACUCCUCCUCUUCCUCCUCCUCCUCAUCCAUGCCCCCCCUGCCAUCAAGACAGCCCCCCUCGUCCUUCCAGACCACCCCCGCUGUCCCUAACCAUGUGAACCGCUCUCACAGCCCCUCCUCCUUCCCGCGGCCCCUGGGGGGCUCUCUGUCCCCCAACAGUGCCCCCUACCUGCCCUCUAUGAAGAAGCCAGGGCUCCCUGGUGUCCCCCCAGUCCCCCCGCCCACUCAGGGCCUCCCCCUCAUUAAUAGAGAGGUCACCUUUCCCUCCAGCUCUGUGGAGGCCACCACCCCCAAACUGAAGCCACGACGGAGGCUCACCGCCAAGGACACAGGAACCCCGGAGGCGUGGCGAGUGAUGAUGUCACUGAAGUCCGGCCUGUUAGCAGAGAGCACCUGGGCUCUGGACACCAUCAACAUCCUGCUGUAUGAUGACAGCACUGUGGGCUCCUUCAGCCUCACACAGCUGCCUGGUUUCCUGGAGCUCAUUGUGGAGUUUUACCGCCGCUGCCUCAUCCAGAUUUUUGGGAUCCUGGAGGACUACGAGGUGGGAACCGAGGGCCAGAGGACAGUGCUGGGGCCCCUGCCCAACCCCUCUAAGGAGGAGACGGAGGUGCUAAAGGAGCCGCUGGCUGCCGCCUCCGAGUCUUAUGGCCAGUCAGCUGAGGAGCAGAAGAUACAGAGGAGGUCAGCGGAGGAGAUAGAGGAGACGUCACCGCUGCUCUUGACUGCUCCUGCCAUCAAUGCUGAGGAGGCAAAGAACAGCGAACCGGUUGUCAAAGAGGAGGUGGAGGUGAAGGAUGAGCAGCAGGAGCAGGCAGCAGAGCCCCGCCCCCAACAGGCCAGCAAGUAUGACAAGCUGCCAAUCAGAGUGGAGGAGAGGGGGGAGGAGUGGGAGGAGGUGGAGGAGCGCUGGGCCAAGCUCAGCCGACCCAACGGCUUCAUCAGCGGCCUCCUGCACUGGAAGGCCGGGGGAGGAGACUCCACCGCUCACAUCCAGACACACUUUGAACCCUGCACGGGAGACUCCGCCCCCCCGAACCUGGCGCAGAAGGAGGAGAGCAGGGGAGGAGACGAGGAGAGGGAGGGAGGAGGUGAGGGUAAGGAGGAAGCGGAGAGGAACCUGCCAGCUGCGGAGGAAACACCACCUGAAACACAACAAGGCUCCAUGUCUGAGGUCAGAAGUCAGAGGUCACCGGCUCAUGGCGAGACGGCUCAGAGUCCCAUCAGCCAGCUAGAGGACGAGCCUCGCUGCUGGGACGAGGCUCCGCUGUCCACGGCCGAGUCCUGGCAGGACUCUCUGGCCAAACGCUGCGUCUGCAUCUCCAACAUCGUGCGCAGCCUCUCCUUCGUCCCCGGCAACGACGCCGUGUUGUCGCGGCACCCCGGCCUGGUGCUGAUCCUGGGCCGGCUGGUGCUGCUGCACCACCACCACCCCCGCAGGAAACGGACACCGCCCACCUACCAGCGGGAGGAGGAGCAGGGUCUGGCCUGCAGCCGAGACGAGUGGUGGUGGGACUGCCUGGCGGCGCUCAGGGAGAACACGCUGGUGACGCUGGCUAACGUCUCGGGCCAGCUGGACCUGUCUCUGUACCCUGAGAGCAUCUGCCUGCCCAUCCUGGACGGGCUGCUGCACUGGAUGGUGUGUCCAUCCGCCGAGGCCCAGGACCCCUUCUCCUCAGCGGGCGGCUUCUCCUCGCUCACCCCUCAGAGACUGGUGCUGGAGUGUCUGUGCAAGCUGAGCAUCCAGGACAGCAACGUGGACCUGCUGCUCGCCACGCCGCCUUUCAGCCGCCAACAGAAGCUCUUCGCCACGUUAGUGCGCCUCGUAGGUGAGAGGAAGAGCCAGGUGUGUCGGGAGAUGGCAGUGGCCGUCCUGUCCCACCUUGUGCAGGGCGACUCCAUAGCUGCGAGGGCCGUCACCCUGCAGAAGGGCAGCGUGGGAACUCUGAUCAGCUUCCUGGAGGACAGCGUGGCCAUGGCUCAGUACCAGCAGAAUCCACACAGCCUGCUGCACGCCGCCACGCCACCAGAGCCGCCCAGCAUCAACAUGAUGUGCCGCGCUGCCAGGGCGCUUCUGGCCAUGGCGAGGGUGGAAGAGAACCGGACGGAGUUUGUUCUGUACGAGAGUAGGCUGCUGGACAUCUCGCUGUCGGCCGCCCUCAACUCCUCUGUGGCGGCCAUCAUGUGUGAAGUACUGUUUAAAAUUGGCCGCUCGUGACACGAACACCGCCAUGGAGCGUGCUCAAUGGCGCUGGAAGCAGCUCCACCCAUGUGACGAACUGGCUCCUAUUAUAUUUUUAUUUAAAGAACAGAACACAAAGUUUUUACAUACAAAUGAAUAUAUAUAGAAUAUAUAUAACUCGUCGGCUCCAUCCGCAAAUGUUUAUUUGGGAUUUUUAAGUAAUUUUAAUACAAAAAUAUUUAAUACUUGUAUUUUUAAUUUUUUAUUCUUUUGUCAGUUUGUUGUUUUGUUUUCUUUUAACCAAAGUGUGACAGUGGAGAACGCUCGGGUUCUGGCUCUCUUUGUGUUUUAAACUGACG